ACAAACUAAUUUUAAACUUUAUAAAAAUUUAACACAAGAAAUCGGGUUCAUUGGUUUCUAAAAACAUUUUGACUGUUUUUUACCCAAGUGCUGCCCUGAUAAAUACCAGCUUCAUUUAAAGCCUCUUAAUUAAAAUCAGCAUUUAACAGAUAUCAGUUUGUAUUAGGUUUUCGGAUGAUUUAAAACUAUCUCGUCACAUCAAUAUGAUUGAAAUAAGAUGUCCAAAGUCUAUCGAAUCACUUGAAUUGGAUGAAUUUUGGUUGAGAGACCAUUGUCGCUGUAAAAAAUGUUAUAACGUCGAUACGAAACAAAGGAAAUUCAGUUUAUUAGAUCUUCCUGAUGAUGUGAGUGCGAAGCGUGUUAUCAAAAGUGAAGAUGAAAAGAAUCUUAUUAUUAUUUGGAGCGAUGGACAUGAAUCUAAAUAUUCCUUCGAGUUCCUUUUCAACAGUCAACUUUCAAAUUAUUUAAAAUCUAAGGAUUCAUCAACAAGAGUCUUAUGGGAUUCCUCCAAAAUUGCUAAUAGUAAUUACGCUGAUGUGAAAUUAUCUGACUUGGUUCGAAGACAAGACGAAGUGCAUGAAGUAGUUGAAAGUUUGUGGUGCUAUGGCUUAGCGUUGGUUGAAGAAGUUCCUGCAAAUCAAACAAUGACAGAAAUGGCAGUUCGUCGAAUAUUUCCUGUAAUGAAAACAUUCUUUGGUGAAAUGUACACUUUUAGUGAUGCUCAAGAUCUUGCUGUUCAUGCUGAUACUGCCUACACUAAGGAAUACAUUGGUCCUCAUACUGAUAAUACUUAUUUCUGUGAUGCAGCUGGACUGCAAAUUCUACAUUGUAUCCAUCAUGAAGGGACGGGAGGUGAGAAUUUUUUCGUUGAUGGUUUUAAAGUAGCCUAUGAGCUUCAAAAGACUAAUCCAGAAGCUUUUGAUGUUCUAACAAAAGUUCUUGUACCAGCUGAGUAUAUCGAAGAUGGACAAUUUCAUGUUCAUUAUGGUCCAAUUAUUCGUACCAAUCCUGUAACUGGAGAAAUUAUUCAAAUACGAUUAAAUGUUUAUGAUCGAGCUGCGCUAAACACUCUUCCUCAGUCAGAAAUGAAGGGAUUUUAUCAAAGUUUUAAGGCAUUUUUAAAACUUGUUGAGAAAACAGAGAAUCAAUGGACAAUGAAACUUAAUCCUGGAACUGUUGUGAUGUAUGAUAAUUGGAGGAUAUUCCAUGCUCGUCGUGCGUAUACAGGAAAUCGUACAAUGACUGGUUGUUAUGUGCAACGAGCUGAUUUUUUGAGUAAAGCAAGAGUUCUAGGAAUAAUUGAAUAAAUGAUGAUGAUGAAAAUUGGAGUGGAUGCUGUUUAAAUUAAUGGUUUUAAUAUUGUAAAUGUAGGAUAAGUUUUUGUUGAAAAAUAAAAGAAAAGCAUUAUCAUCAAU